AAAAAAAAAAAAAAAAAUUGAUCUCUCUUUCUCUUUUUUCAUGUCUCGUCCUGAACAUAUUGCACCACCAGAAAUUUUCUAUGGCGAAGAUGAAGCCAGAAAAUACACUGACAAUUCUCGUAUUACUGCCAUUCAAGCAGAAAUGGCUUAUCGUGCAUUAGAAUUAUUAAAUUUGUCAGAAGGACCUAAAUACAUUUUGGAUAUCGGAUGUGGAUCUGGAUUAAGUGGUGAAAUUCUUGAAGAAGAAGGCCAUGUUUGGGUCGGCAUGGAUAUCUCAUCAGCCAUGUUGGAUGUAGCCAACGAAAGAGAAGUAGAAGGCGAUUUAUUUUUGCAAGAUGCUGGUCAAGGUAUGGCAUUCCGUCCAGGUACCUUUGAUGGCUGCAUCAGUGUUUCUGUGCUUCAAUGGCUUUGCAAUGCAGACAAGGCCAUCAAUAGACCCAAGGCAAGAAUCCAGCGAUUCUUUUCAACUUUAUACGCAUCCUUGACAAAAGGCGCAAGAGCUGUGUUUCAGUUCUAUCCCGAGAAUGAUGACCAAAUCCAAUUAAUUAUUGACGUUGCUACCAAGUGUGGUUUUGAAGGUGGUUUGUUGGUUGAUUAUCCUAAUUCAAAGAAAGCCAAGAAAUACUAUUUAUGUUUAUUUGCCGGUACUCAAACAGGUAUCAAGAACCAAAUGCCAAAAGCACUGGGUGAAGAUGGUGAAGUUCACCCUGACGAUAUCAAAUCAAUUCAAUACGAAAAUCGCCGACAAGCAUCACGAAAAAGAAGAUCAGAUAGAAAGGGCGUGAAAGAUAGAAACUGGAUCAACAAUAAAAAGCGAAUCGCUCGAGACAAGGGCGACAAAGUGGUUGCAAAUGACUCAAAAUUUACAGGUCGAAAAAGAAAAGUCAGAUUCUAAGCCAAUUCCCCCUUUCCUUAUGUAUAAAAAUAAACUUUUUGCAAGAAAAUCUUUUUCUAAAUUUAAAAAAAAAGAUAGUUGCAUUAUUUGGUUCCGUG